CCUCCUCCCUCCAAGGAAACGACCAGGAAGUACCACACUGACAGCUAACCAAUCAGCUGUUCCACUUCCUGCAGUCUGUAAGCGUCGGCGAAUGGGGUUGACGUGACAAGGGAGAUGGAAGUGAACCGGACGGACUUCUACAUUGGUCUCACUCUGGCUGUGAGCUCCAGUGCUUUUAUCGGUAGUAGUUUCAUCCUGAAGAAGAAAGGCUUGCUGCGAUUGGCCAGCAAGGGUUCAAUGCGAGCAGGUCAAGGGGGGUAUGCUUACCUGAAGGAAUGGCUGUGGUGGGCAGGUCUAAUAUCAAUGGGAGCUGGAGAGGCGGCUAACUUCGCUGCAUAUGCAUUUGCACCAGCCACAUUGGUGACUCCUCUUGGAGCACUGAGUGUGCUUGUGAGUGCCGUGCUGUCCUCUUACUUUCUGAAUGAGAGGCUGAAUGUUCACGGGAAGAUUGGAUGUCUGCUCUGCGUCAUGGGCUCCACAGUGAUGGUGAUUCAUGCCCCGCAGGAGGAGGAGGUCGCGUCCCUCACUGCCAUGGCUGAGAAGCUCAAAGACCCAGGUUUCAUUGUGUAUGCUGUGUGCGUUGUGGGAAGCAGCCUGGUUCUUAUCUUUGCUGUGGCUCCGAGGUUUGGACAGAAGAAUGUGCUGGUCUACAUCCUGAUCUGCUCUGUGAUUGGCUCCCUCUCUGUGUCUUGUGUCAAGGGCCUGGGCAUUGGUAUUAAGGAGCUGUUUGCUGGAACAGCAGUGCUGAAGGAACCCUUGUUCUGGUCCUUAGUCAUCUGCCUGGUAAUCUGCGUAAGUGUUCAAAUCAGUUACCUGAACAAAGCCCUCGACAUCUACAACACCUCGUUAGUAACUCCCAUCUACUACGUCUUCUUCACUACUUCUGUCAUGGCCUGCUCAGCCAUCCUCUUCAAGGAAUGGUUGAGUAUGACCACUGAUGGAAUAGUGGGGACAAUAAGUGGGUUCCUCACCAUCAUUUUGGGGAUCUUCCUCCUCCACGCCUUCAAGGACAUAACAUUUAGCUGGGAUUCCCUCCCACUCUACCUGAGGAAGGGUCCCCAAGGUUUUCCUUGGGGGAGCCAGCCUUUCAUGGCUCUCCCCACCUUUGACACCCAAGCAGAGGAUGAGACAAAGCUACCCCGAGAAGGAGGCUCAAAAGGGGGUAGGGGUACGCACCAGAGAUCUUCUUAGGGAGGACAAACUGUCUCAUCACCAAUUAGAAAAAUGUGUCACAGCAGUUUUGUAGCUUUAACAACAUCCUAGCUUUACAAGUUAAUGUACUAAAUGUGAGUUUUGAUAGUGUCUUACAUCAUGCAGUAUGUAGAUCAAAAAAGUUGCCAAAGUGGGUGAAUUGUCCCUUUUCAAUACACUGGAUUUAAAUGGAUAUAGUUUAGAGAGGACAAAAAUCUAAUCUGAAAGCAACUGAGGAACUUUCACUUUGAGUGUUUUAACCACAUCCGUGGACAAAGUGCUACGUCUUAAACCUUUGCUGAUUUUGUCCUGUAUACAAGUUUUUUUUUACAAAAAGUCUCAUUCUGUUGUAUCCUAACCAGCUAAUAACAUAGUUACUUACUGUGGAAAAUGGAGACAAAGGCUUUCAGUCUGCCCGCUGUAGAUUGCUUUGUGGAUUUAAGACCCAGUGACAGCGGCGACAGGCAUAGGAAGUAACCAUAAAGACAUAGGAACUCCCCCUGAGGGUCUGGAUUGAUUCUUUUAGUGCAGGUAUAAAGCACAAGUGAACCAGUUUCAAAACCACUUAAAACUCCUCACAGUAGUUUGAAGAAUAAAAUUCAUUUGUAGUGAGUUGCACUGUUGUGUAUAUUUUUUACAGCAUUUCAAGUCUCAAAAUAAGAUUGCAAGUGGAAUAUUAUCUUGCAUAAACCAGAUUGUGCCUUCUGUUACUAAACAAUGACCUCACUCAUGGGUUUGCACUUUAAACAUAACGUAUGAAGGACAAAAUGUUUACUCUUAAUGCAUUUCAAUCAUUUGUUCCUUAUGGAUACAUUCCAAUAACUUUUGUGAUGAGUUUCUGUGAUACCUCAGUAUUAUAUAAAAACAGCACCAAAGAAUGUUCUUUCUCUGAAUACAUUUAUUUCUAACAUGCCAAGCUGUAACUUGUCUCUGAUGUUAACUGUUCCUUUUUGUGUUUGAAAAUGCUCAUUAAAAUGUGAGUAAAUGACAA